GAAGGUAAAAUUUAGAGUUAUUCAACCACGCCAAACUUUUGCGAUACUUUAAAAGGCCAUAAAUCUUUACGACAAUAAACAUCGGACCAACCACAGUCUUGCCUUCACAUUCCUCGUCCGGUUACAGUAAAGAUUUAGGCACUUCGUAUCAUGGCUUCGGACCCUGGGAGCAGGCAUAUAGACAACGGUCCAGCAGAGAAUGGUGACGGUGAAUAUGAACAGAUAGAUGGGAGGAGAGUUAGAAGACUUACUGAGAAGGCUCUUGAUAUAUACCAUCAGAAAAUCGAUGAUUACGAACAUAGACUUGUAGCCACUUGGGACAGUGUAGAUGUGGCUCUUAAAGAGUAUGUUAAUGCUCGUUCACUCAGUGAACUUAAACAAUAUCAGAGAAAUUUAUGCAUGCUAUACGGUGAAUAUCGAGUGUCCACAAGACACUAUUGUGACUAUUUAGAUAGUGUCCAUACUCCUGACAGUAUUAUGUUGUUAGAAACACAGAUUGUGACAGACAGGCAUCGUGACGAUAAAGUCAACACAGUUCUUAAGCAAACAGAUGGACAGAUUAAACAUUUCAAUGAAACAGCUUCAUUCUCGGUAAAAAGCAACAAUUCUAAAAGAAGUGAAAAAUCGGGGUCAAGUCACAGAACAAAUUCUUCAAGAAGUUCCAACGUUUCACUAACUACUCAAGCGAAAGCUAAAGCGAGCGCAACCUUAGCAAGAAAAUCAAUGAUAGAAAAGGAAACGGCCUUGCUCAAGAAAAGAGUGGACAUUGAAGGUGAAAUUAAAGCGUUAAAAGAGGAUGAAAUAGUGAAAGUCGCUGAAGCAGAACUUGAAGUAUAUGAACAAGAAACAAUUUGUGAUGAAUUGCUCAGCUCACAUCGAGACAUUCCUAAUGAGCUUCCAAAAAGUACAAAGAAAGAUAUAACAAGACAAUAUGUUGAAUCACUUGCUGAACAUCAAAGUGUGUCCCAACAUUCAGAGAAAUCCGUCACAAAUGAAUUAAAUGCAAAGGCCAAAGAGUUUGUGCCUCAAGUUUCAAAUAAAGAUGUCGCAUCAGAACUUUCGCGUUUCCUUCUGCGGAAAGAUUUGCUUUUCUCUCGACUUACCAAAUUUGAUGAUAAACCAGAAAACUACCCUGUCUGGAAGACCACAUUUCAGAGUGUCAUAGAAGAACUUGGUGUUGGUGUGAGAGAAGAACUAGAUUUGUUAGUCAAAUGGCUAGGUACCGAUUCAGUGAAAUAUGCUGUUAGUGCUCGAGCAUCUAGCUCUUCGUGCCCCGAAAGUGGUGUAAUAAAACUGUGGGACAGACUUGACGAAAGGUAUGGGGCACCUGAAAUCGUAGAAGCUUCACUAAGAAACAAGCUACAGAACUUUCCGAGGUUAGGUGUAAAAGACUCUAAGAAGCUCUUCGAACUUGUGGAUAUUUUGGACGAAAUUCAGAAUCACAUGAAAAAUCCAACAUACACAGAUUUGCUAUCAUAUAUGAACACUUCACGCGGCGUCAUACCGAUAGUAAACAAACUGCCACAUAAUUUGCAGGAACGAUGGACUUCCAGAGCAGCAAAGUACAAGCCGGACCGAAAUGUUCCCUUUCCGCCCUUCUCAUACUUCGUCAACUAUGUACGUGAAAUAAGUAAAGUGCGAAAUGAUCCGGGAUUCAUGUACGAAAGUUACACCAAACCUGUCAACCCUCCGCAACAAAGAAACAAAAUGGCUGCAUAUAAGACAGAGGUAUAUUCAUCAACAGCUGAAAACAGAUCGCAGGGAGCGGCAGCCCAAGAGUCUACCCCUAUUCAAUGCCCAUUUCACCACGUGGAAGGUCACACCUUAAAUUCUUGUCGUACAUUUCAGGGAAAGCCAAUUGUGGUUAGAAGAAAGUUUAUACGCGACAAGAAUAUUUGUUUCAAGUGCUGUUUAGAGAGCUCUCAUCUUGCGCGGGACUGCAAGAAGAAGGUGCAGUGUAAUCGGUGCAAAGGUGCCCAUGCAACAGCCUUACAUUUUGACAUUGCUUCUGGUCAUGAUAAUACCCAUGCUGAAAAGACAGAGAUGCAUGGUGGGGAGAAAGCUCCUAAAAGAACAACGGAAAUACGCACUGCAUGUGCUCAGGUUUGCGGCCAAGACAGAAGCGGGCGCUCUUGCGCGAAGAUCGUCUGCGUGAAUGUACACAGAAAUGGUGAAGAGAACAGAAAGAAGAUGUAUGCUGUAAUAGACGACCAGAGUAACCGGUCAUUAGUAAGACCAGAAUUCUUUGACAUUUUCCCAGGGAGCUUUGAAGAGAUGGCUUACUCCUUAACUUCAUGUUCCGGUACUGUUAACACAAGUGGUCGCAGAGCUAGUGGCUUCAUAGUAGAAAACCUAGACGGAACGAGGUGCUUUGAGCUUCCACCACUUACAGAAUGCACUCAAAUUCCCGACAUUCGAGCUGAAAUACCAACACCUGAGGUAGCAAGAGCCUAUCCGCAUUUAGAAGAUUUGGCCGAAGAAAUCCCAGAACUUGAUGAUCAAGCGCCUAUUCUGAUGCUCAUUGGAAGAGAUUUAGCAGAAGCGCAUCACGUCCUUAAACAGAGACUUGGACCAAAUGGGUGCCCAUUCGCGCAAGAGCUCAGUUUCGGUUGGGUCAUCAUCGGUGAAACGUGCCUCGGGAAAGUGCAUGUUCCGAAAAUGGUGUGUGUAAACAAGACUUACAUUCGUAAACCAAACAGAGCAUCUAUAUUUCCUACAUGUGAAAAUAGUCUCUUGCUUAAAGACCGUCUAACAGAUCAAUCUUCAGACAUUCUGAAUGACAUUUUUGCCCGUACCCCUGAUGAUGACAGAUUAGGUCUUUCUGCCGAGGAUGAGGAGUUUCUCGAAAUCAUGAAAAAAGACUUAAAGAAGUUGCCAGAGGGUUGGUCAGCCCCUCUUCCAUUCCGUAACCCGAGACAAAGACUUCCAAAUAACAGAAACCAAGCUUUGAAGAGGACGCAUUCCUUACAAGCAUCAUUGAAAAGAGACCCAAAGAAGCAGAAACACUUCCUCGAGUUCAUGGCAGGGAUUUUCGAAAACAGCUAUGCUGAGCCAGCUCCUCCGUUACAGCCUAAAGAAGAAUGCUGGUACCUGCCCAUUUUCGGCGUGUAUAAUGCUAAGAAAAAAGACCAAAUUCGAGUAGUUUUUUAUUCAGCUGCACAAUACCAAGGGGCUUCAUUGAACUCAGUACUUAUUCAAGGACCAAAUCUGAUAUAUAGCCUUUUGGGAGUUUUAAUGAGAUUUAGACGACACCCCGUUGCAGUUACUGCUGAUAUACGCCAGAUGUUUUUCCAAUUCCGCGUGCAUGAGACGCACAGAAACUACCUGCGCUUCAUAUGGUUUAAAGACAACGAUCCGGACCAAGAACUGGUAGAGUACCGAAUGUGCUCACACGUCUUUGGCAAUUCACCUUCCCCGGCUAUAGCAGCGUAUGGCUUGAAAAAGACUGCAAUAGAGAUGGAACCUGUUUAUGGUACAGACGUAAGAGAAUUCGUGGAGAGAGACUUUUAUGUAGAUGACGGGCUAUCCUCUUUUCCUGAUGCUACAACAGCGGUAGACCUGGUAACCCGGACUCAAAGGGCUCUUCAAGAGGGAGGCAAUCUCCGUCUGCAUAAGAUUGCUUCAAACAACAAAGAUGUGAUGAAAGCAUUUCCAAAGGCUGACUUGGCUAAAGAACUUCAAGACAUAAGCAUAGGGUCAGACACUCUACCUACCCAGAGAAGCCUAGGUAUGAAUUGGAAAUUGGAGACAGAUUCUUUCACAUAUAGUGUGUCAAAAGAUGAAAAGUCAUUAACCCGCAGAGGAGUGCUGUCAGCGGUGAACUCGCUGUUUGAUCCCUUAGGUUUCGUGGCUCCAGUUGUCAACCAGGGGAGAUUGCUGAUGCGAGACCUGAUACAAGAGACAUUAGACUGGGACAAGCCCCUGUUGGAAGUGAACAUGCAGCAAUGGGAUAAUUGGAGAAGAUCAUUGACGGAGCUAGAACAGCUCAAUAUCCCACGUAUGUGUAUACCAGUCUUAACGCCACCUGGGAGACAAGAAAUUUAUGUUUUCUCUGAUGCAUCAGAGAAAGCAAUAUCUUCUGUUGCCUACUUAAGAGAUGAGAACGCCAAAGGUGUGGUUCAAGUCGGUUUCGUUUUGGGUAAAUGUAAGGUUGCUCCACAGUCCGGACAUACUAUACCUAGGCUUGAGCUUUGUGCUGCCGUGAUGGCUGUGGAAAUAGCUGAGACAGUAUCCGAGCAGAUUGGCGUUGUCAUAGAGAAGAUGAAGUUUUACACAGAUAGUCGUGUUGUACUUGGUUAUCUUAACAACAAGGUAAGACGGUUCUACAUAUACGUGCAGAAUCGCAUUUCCCGAAUACUCAAGUCAACAGCUCGAGAACAAUGGCACUAUGUUUCCACGGAUGACAAUCCAGCCGAUCAAGGAACACGACCUAUUCCGACUGAUCAGCUACAGCACAGCAAGUGGAUACAUGGCCCAGAAUUUCUAAAAAGUUCAGAGCUACAGAUCAACACAGAUACAUAUGAGCUACAAGCUGAAGAAGAAGACCGAGAAAUUAGACCACUAGUGCAGUGCAUGAAGACAGAAACAAGCACAAUUCAGAGUCUUGGCCUAAACCGAUUUGAAGGCGUCAAGAGCUGGGAACUCAUGAUCAAAGUGAUCGCUUUACUCAAAGGCAAGGCACGCUGUCGAAAGAACGAGUCGGACAUUAGUCGAGCUGAUUUACUCUUGGAAUCGGAAAGGAUAAUUCUCAGAGAAGUACAGAGGGAAGCGUUUUUCCCCGAGCUGGAGUGCAUAGCUUCAAGUCAGAAGCUACCCAGAAUCAGUGCUAUACAGAAGCUCAAUCCCUUCAUAGAUAAACAUGGUUUAUUAAGAGUUGGUGGUAGACUGCAACAUGCCAGUGAGCUUAGUACAAGUGAGAAGCAUCCAGUUAUUCUGCCAAAAGGACAUUUUGUGAGCAGACUGGUCGCCUUGAACUACCAUGGAAAGGUUCUACACCAAGGAUGCAACUUCACCGAAGGUGCUAUCAGAUCUGGAGGCUUCUGGGUAAUCGGUGUAAAGCGGCUAGUGCGUAGUAUCAUUGCUGAGUGUUUUAAGUGCAAGAAACUUCGCGGCAAAGCAGAGUCUCAGAUCAUGUCAGAUUUACCAGUGGAUAGACUAUCUCCAGGUGCACCUUUCUCAUCCGUAGGAGUUGACGUGUUCGGGCCAUGGAACGUCAUUGCGCGACGUUCUCGUGGUGGAAUGGCUCAUAACAAACGAUGGGCCUUACUGUACACUUGUUUGACUACACGAGCAAUACAUAUAGAGGUGAUAGAAGAGCUCAGCACUUCAUCGUUUAUAAACGCGACGCGUCGGUUCAUCGCGCUUAGGGGACCAGUGCGCUUAUUCCGCUCUGACAGAGGAACAAACUUUGUCGGGGCAACUGACUGUAUGAAAAUUGACGCGAUCAAUGUGGAGGAUGCAACCGCUAAGAAGUUUAUGGAUUCUAACCGAACUGUGUGGCUGUUCAACUCGCCACACUCAUCUCACAUGGGUGGGGUGUGGGAAAGACUUAUUGGAGUUGUACGUCGAAUCCUAGAGUCCAUGUUUGCAGAUAUUCGCGGCGAUAUUACUCAUGAAGUGCUGACAACAUUUAUGGCCGAAGUCUCUUCCAUUGUUAAUUCGCGUCCGCUAGUCGCAGUGUCCGCUGAUCCAGAAUGUCCAACAGUGUUAAGUCCAGCAAUGCUUCUUACACAGAAGCCCGCAGAAGAAGGACAAAAUCUUAGUGAAAUCAGUGUGAAAGACAUGUAUAAAGCACAAUGGCGUCGAGUUCAGUGUUUGUCUGAUAUGUUUUGGAAACGUUGGAGAACUGAGUUUCUCCAGACACUUCAACAGCGUAAAAGGUGGCCUACGAAACAGAGAGAUCUACGCGUUGGUGAUGUUGUUUUAAUGAUUGAAGAUGACUCUCAGCGAAAUAACUGGCCAAUGGGUGUUAUCACAGAACUAUUUCCGAGCCAAGACGGACACAUUAGAAAAGUGAUGGUCAAAGUCAGUCGCCCUGGCGACUCAGAACUUAGAUCCUUUGUGAGGCCUGUGAAUAAACUUGUGACACUCAUCGAGUGUGAAGACCAGUGCUAA